AUGAUACCACCACCAAUUCAUCGCGGAAUGAAAAAUUUGCAGCGAGAAUUAUUUCGCACUAAAGUGGAACUAGUUGGAGUCCGUAUCGCUGCAAAUACAACUGCAAAGUUUUUGAAGGUCUUAAAAGAUGAUUUAUUUCAUCAACCAAAAAUGAAAAAUGUCGCUAAUGAUCCAGAAUCCAACGAUGCGAGGAUUAUUCUACUGAAACCGGAAAUUCAGAGUUUAGAGCAAAUCGAUGACGCGAACAUCUCGCAAGAAUCCCGAGACCUGAUCAAUCAAGAAGCGUUAGGUUUCGUCAAGCAUACUGUUGAACUUGACUAUGGAAAUUGGGGUGCCGACGAGAUCCUGAAAGCUAUUUUGCCGGAAGAUAGUGAAGUACCUUCGUCCUUUACACAGAUCGGGCAUAUCGCACAUAUGAAUUUACGAGAUGAAUUCUUACCAUGGAAGGAAAUUAUCGGCCAAGUGAUUCUUGAUAAAAACCCAAAAAUUAAGACAGUCGUCAACAAAACUGAUAUAAUAGAUACAACAUUCCGAUUCUUUAAUAUGGAAAUCUUAGCUGGGAUUAAUAACAUGAUUGCCGAAGUGAAAGAAGGCAAUUGUCGAUUUCGAUUAGAUUUUUCUCAAGUGUAUUGGAAUUCACGACUACAUUCUGAGCACGAACGUCUUGCAAACUUAUUCAAAAAAGGCGAUUAUAUAUGUGAUGUUUUUGCAGGGAUAGGACCAUUUGCGGUUCCUGCGGCCAAAAAAGGGUGUAUUGUAUACGCAAAUGAUUUGAAUCCAGUUUCUUAUAAAUAUUUGCAAGAGAAUAGCGUUCUUAAUAAGGUUCAAUCAAAGAUUUUUUCAUAUAAUAUGGACGGACGCGAUUUCAUACGAAAAGUAGUAAAAGAUUUACAUGCCAGCUUGGCUUCAAGCUACAACAAUAAUGACAAUGAAAAUGAAAAAUUAUCGAAUGAUGACAAAGCUGUAUCAGAGAGCAAAUCAAUAUCUUUAUCAUCUUUCACGGAUAACGCGAAUACCGCAUCGUCAGCAAUUUCUGCCAUUACCACUACUGCGACUUCAACGUCAGUAACCGGGAAUACGUUUAAAAUACAUAAAUUUCGAACAUUUGAUCAUUUUAUUAUGAAUUUGCCCGCUACAGCUAUAGAAUUUUUGGACGCGUUCAAAGGACGUAUAAGGUUAGUUUUGAAUGAACCUGCGUCUUCCUUACCAAAUGAUGCAUUCGCGGUACAUUUUGUGCGGAGUGUUGCUCCAAACAAAGAUAUGUAUUGUGUCAGCUUUCGAUUAAAUGCAAAUGUUGCUUUCGGUGCUGUCCCUUCGAAACCCGAAAUCUCAAUUUCUUCUUUGGACGUUGCUGAACAAGAUGAUGAUGAUGAUCACGAGGUGGGACGAGAAAGCAAGAAAAGGAAAGUUGAGGUGAACAGUGCUGAGGAUAAUAAUAACACCGAUGAAAUCUCAGAAAUUGAGGAAAAAUACUAG